AUGGCUUUUCUGAUCGUUGCGCUGCUGCCGCUGCUGGCGCGGGGCGACACGGCGCCAUCCCCUACCCUGAAGGCGCGUCUUGCCCAGGACGACGAGUGUUCUGCCAGGAGCGACGACUGCGCCCUUGAGGCCCUGCAGAGGCGGACCGGCACCACGCAAAGUGCGGAUGCGCUGCUCCAGGAGAUCUCCACUGCCCUCGGCAGUGACGACGGCUUGCUGGUCCGUGUGGGAGCUCCAUACGAUGGUCCGCCAAGCAAUUCCGGCGUCUCUGCUUCCGCGCUGAGACGAGACUUGCCAUUGGCCUUGUACGUCUUCAAGAAGCGGGCGGAUGUCAUGGGGCAGAUUCUGCAGCCGGGGAAGGUUGGAGUUCGCUGCGCAUAUCCCUUCGACGGCAACAGCAACACGCGGCAGGAUGAUGAAGGCCAUCGUGACAAGUGUGGCAAGACGAAGCCGAUGGUGGCCAGCGAGGCUGGCAUCAAGAUGAGUGGCUCUUGCUCAUUUUCUUCGGCGGAGGAGUUCGCCCAAGCGUACUUCAACAAACCGCAGAACACGGACUUUUCGACCUCGGGCUGGUGGGAACUGGAUUCCGCCAGCUGCCACUUUCAGAAUGUGCCGGAUGCGAUCGCCGCCCAAAAGGCACUCCUGAAGCUGUCGAGGAGCCUACCGCCAGACACGACCUCGGCCGAGUGGCUGCGGAAUGCUUCGAGGGUGGGUUUUGCCUUGACGGCCUUCAACGAGGUCAUCACGGCGCCCUUUGGCAACUCGGAGGUGGCGGCCUUGUUCUGGGCACACGCGGGGCCCUUCCGGGAUCCUGUGGCGAAUGACACCUCGGCCUGCUCGCUGGCAGACUUCCUCAGCAAAGCGCGCGACCUCGGGAAGGACACCUAUCCCAUCGUCGAAAUCGCCGGGGCUGCUCUAGAGCGGCCUUUCCCUGGAUGCGACACGAAGACCGAAGAUCCGCCCUCUUCUGUCCCCGGCAUCUAUGCUACAAACCCGACGUGCCUGCAGUCCUUCCUAGGCGAGUGGGAGGAAACGCUGCAGGGUGGAGGCUAUUCGCCCGCCAAGCAUUUUCGGACCCUCGGCGCGGAUCAGCAGCAAACGAACUGGCCCUGGAUCAUCGUCUUGUGCAAGACCGGACUUUGA